ACACAACUCCAAAAGAGAGAUGAAGUCUCCUGGAGCACAAAACCAGGCAGCAGCUAUGAGCUACCUGGAUGAAGUUCCCUUCAGGACAACCUGGAGCCUCAACGGGGACUCUGGGGGAGAGAACCCUUUGAUCACUGCCCCGGCCAUGGAGCUCCCCGACUGCACUGACAUCCUCAUGAGCACCAUGCACGAUUUCUCACUGGAAAGAAAAGUGCUCUACUGGGUUGAGGUGGCCUCCCAGCAGCAAACCCCUGGCCAUCGGGUCACCUCUGAAGUUGUGCCCACAGCUCCUCCCUGCUGGUUGCUGCUGGUGGACCCCACGGAGAGCUGUGGGAGCAGAGCCCGGGAUGGGGCGGUGCGGCGCUCGGUCAGCAUGAGCGCUGCCGAUGAUGGCAGCUACGGACACACCAAGGGCAGAGGGGUCUUGUCUGACACUGAGAGUGAGACCUGGCACUCAGAUGAGGAUGGGUACUUAGAGGAUGAUGAAUACUCCUCGACCUCCUGGGAAGAGAGUGAGAAGGAUGACAGGUUUUCCAGGAGGAGAAGCUCUGGGAGAGUUGUGCCUCUGCGUCCUGGCUUUUACCAGACCCGACCGAAGACGUCACCCGGUUUGCUGGAGCCCCCCCUGGAGAACAACAGCCACAACUCAGCCAGCCCAGAGCAGAGCAAGCAGAGAAGAUCCAUGGUGAUAUUUAACAACAUGAAGAACGAGUUGGAAGCAGCCAGGAGGAAACUGGCUGCUUUGGUGCAUCCUUUGAACAGAGCCUCCUCGGAGAGCAGAAGGAUCUCGGUGCUUCCCCAGCGCCCCAGCACCAGCUGCAGCACCAAGCAUGAGCCAAGGCCAGGGACAUCCCCCCUGGGGACUUUGGUGCCAACUCCUCCAGCCAGGAUCCCCCCAAUCAAACAGCAUAAGCCCACGGUGCCGUCCCUCAGCCCCUACACCUGCCUGCCCCCUGCCUCCACCCCAGCACGACCUCUGAGUUGCCACAGAUCUCAGCCAGACUCAGCAGCUGAUCUGCUCUCAGCAUUGAGCCAAGAGGAGAGAGACCUCAUCGAGCCUGUCACAGCCCUGGGCUACCCCACCCGUAAAGCCAUCCUCACCCUCCAGAAGACAGGAAAGCAAAGCUUAAGUCAGUUCCUGAGCUACCUGAGUGCCUGUGACAGGCUGCUGAAGCAGGGCUACGAGGAAGGGCAGGUGGAGGAGGCCAUGGAGAUGUUCCAGUACUCAGAGAAAAAGGCAGCUGAAUUCUUGCAUUUGUUGUCUCAGUUUAACGAUAUGGGGUUCCAGCAAAAUGAAAUCAAAGAAGUUCUUUUGCUCUGUGGCAAUCAGAGGGAGAAGGCUCUGGAAGAGCUGGUGAUGAAAGCCCAGUGACCACCAUCCUGGACCCCAGUCACAGCUUCUCCUCUCCAGACCAGACCACCAAAGACCCUCUGGUGGGUCAGCACAAGCUCACCACAAACCUGCAGAGCACCACUGUGAUGUCUCAGCUCAUUUCAUGGACAUCUAUCACAAAUGUGAUCAUCACCAUACUGAGGCAAGGGCUUUCCAGCAGGAGCAUUUCUCUCCUCACCCACACAUCUCCACCCCUGAUCAUCUCAGCUGUUCAGAUUUGAUGCAAUAAGAUCCGAACUGCCUUCAGCUUACACUUUGCAAAACCCAAACCAGAGUUUUCUUCCUCCACCUGAGGUGAUGGGUGUCAUGUUUUCAGCUAUGUGGUUUCUUAAAAGAUGAUGGAAAUCCACAGAAGAGAUUGGUUGCAUAAACACUGAAGGCUCCUGCAGAAACCUUUUUGUGGUUUCCUUCCUUCUUGGGAAGAGUCUCAGCUGACUUAGUCGUGGUUGGACAUUGUCAGUGAAAUCCAGUCUGAUCACAUUAGUUUCUCCUUUUAAAUCAGAAACUUGAGCUAAAUACACAACUUCAUGAGGGCUGAGGAAAGAAAACAGGCUGCCCUUGCUCUAGAAACACAUGGAAGUUUAUCCAGUGCAAUGCAAGGAUUUGUGUUUGGGGAAUGUCCUGAAAUCAGAACAGAGACGGGGAGCAGCCUGGCUGCCCUCCUGCUCUGCCCAAAUCAGGAAAAUUCAGGGGAUGCUUCCCUAAACUGUGGAGGCAGUGGCUCCAGAUGAAAUUAAGCACAGAUGCCAGG